UUCUUGUUGUUGUUGUUUUUUAGCUUAGCAUAGCUAACUUGAUUUCUUCACUUGUGACUCCUCGUGAACGUCGGGCGCGCGCGUACCCGUUCGCGCGCGCGCGGCCGCGGUGACGCGCCCAGAAGGUGCACGUCGAAAGCAAAGCAGAACAGGAAGGGAAACCCGCCAGACGAGCUGAGCCUGUCACGUGCACGCGCAUUCACGCUCACUCGUCAUGGAGCAAAACUUCAGUUUGAACUCGCUGAGGAAGAUGUGCAGCGAGGCCGACCACAGGGACGCGUCGCUGAGCGCCGGCCAGCGUGUGCGAGCGCUGGCAAAGAUGGCUGCCAGCGUGGACGUGGACCAGGACGUGGAGCCUCGCUGCUACUUCCGCGCCGGCCUGGAGAUGGAGCGUCUGGCCGACGGCUAUCUGCGUCAAGGCGGUCUGGAGAACGCCUUUGUGCUCUACACCAAGUUCAUUACGCUAUUUGUGGAGAAGCUUCCGGCCCACAAGGACUACCAGCACUGUCGAGUUCCUGAGAAGCACGUCAUCAUGAAGAAGCUUCAGGAAGUGGCGUUUUGCCGGAAGGACGAGCUGCAAAAACGAUUGGAGUACAAAUAUGGCAGGGAACAUGCGCACUUCCUGCAAGUCCAGGAGGCGUCGGCAGGCAGGCGGGGCCCGUCGGACGAGGAGAGGCGGGGCCCGCUGGAGGCGGAGCGCGAGCGCGUGGCCGCCAUGCGUCGCUCGCAGCUAGCGACCGAGCAGUUCGCCUACUUCGAGGAGCUGCUCACUUGCCAGGAGGCGGCCAAUAGGAGAGGAGAGGCGGCGGGGCACCAGCAGUUGGGCUGGCCAGAAGUACUGCCCCACCCUCGGCGUAAACCCAAUAUAAUGCUUGACGAGAGGUGUGGCAACCAUGACAACCGUACCGCACGUUUGUCUCGGCAGCCAAUCGGAGAUGGUGUAGGAUUGGCGGGGGCGGUGCCUAACAGGACCGCUCGGCCUCCUGUCAGCCGCUCAGCUUCCACGCUUCAUGCCGCUUACGGUGUGGGGGCGGAGCACCUGCGGCGGACGCUACUUCCGCGGACGCUGACGUCUCGCUUCCUGCUGCUGGCCGACCGCAACUCUGCUCGCGGGAUCGAAACGUGCGGCGUGCUCUGCGGACGGCUGCAAAGGGACGCGUUGGCGGUGACGCACGUGGUGGUCCCCAAGCAGUCGGCCGGUCCCGACUUCUGCGCCAUGGAGGACGUGGAGGAACUGUUUGGCUUCCAGGACAAACACCAGCUUCUCACGCUCGGAUGGAUUCACACUCAUCCCACUCAGACGGUGUUCCUAUCCAGCGUCGACCUCCACACGCACGCCGCCUAUCAGCUGAUGUUGGCAGAGGCCAUCGCCAUCGUCUGCGCUCCCAAACACGACCGUUUCAGAAACAAAUGCCAAGCUACGAAGAAGAACAGCGCGGCCAUUAUUGUGGAAGUCCGGACAGGAAGUAUCUCCGCGUUGCUAGCGCCGCCACGACUUGUUCGGCCUCGCUCACAGACACAGGGGUUUUGUUUGCCGUCGUCGUCGUGUUUGCUUGAAAUCACGGCGAGCGCGGCCUCCGACACUCGGACGACGAGUGAUUUGGAUGCUUGGGACUUUCGGAGGAGGACCUGGAGGGCCUGGAGGGCCAGGCUCCGAGUGCGAGCAGGCUGGAGGCCCGGCGGACGCCUCCCGGCGGUUGUGACCCAGAAAAGAGCCACGACAGCCGGGCCGCUCGGCGGCUAG